CCACUCUUUGCGCAAUGCCAGGCACCUUCUCGCGCUCAGCAGCCGGGGUGCAUCAUCUCCAGCAUGGCGGAAGACACGAAACCACCCACGGCGCAACUCCAGUCCAAUACGCAAGAUGUUCUGGACCAUGCAAGGUCGACGCCCGAGUUCCAGAAUGCAACACACGAGGCAAACAAACGCAGGGUUGCGCAGACGGUAUGACGGGAGGCUUUUUUCAAGCCGUGACACAGCCUGUUAAUACUUGACAGAUGGCGGACCAGAUGUCCAUGCCCAUGUCAGUCAGCGAGAUUCACGUCCUAGGCGCAAAGAACAUCCGACGCGGAUUUCUCGACCCGAUAUUCAGUCCGUUACUCGCAGAUAGCCCGAGCUCUGCAAAAACUGUUGGAGAUGUACUUUCCAAACUGCAAACCGCCAGCGCCAAACUUUCCGGGUUGCAAAUCCUGCGUGAGCCUCCUGAAGUAUAUCUCUCUCAAUCUAGCCAGGUCGAUCCGUCGACAGGCCCGUCUGACGUCAAUGUCUCCGUCCGCCUCCGAGAGCUGCCCCGAUUCAAGCUACAAACCGGUACGGACGUGGGAAACGGUGAAGGUUCCGCAUACGGAUCGCUAUUAUGGCGCAACAUGUUCGGUGGCGCAGAAAUGCUCACGUUGAAUGCCAAAGCUGGCACACGCACGAGGUCAGCCUACAGUGCCAAUCUUAGCGCACCCGUAUUGAGUGACCCGGAUAUGCGCAUCUCGCUGGAAGGACUAGCCUCUGCGGCCGAGAAGCCUUGGGCGUCCCACGAGGAAGUCGUCAAGGGAGGCUCACUACGUUUCUCCUGGCUGAACAGUCUGAGAGAUUCGCAUUCGAUUGAAUACUCUGGGGCCUGGCGGCAAGUCACGGGCUUGUCACAAGGCGCCAGCCCUACGGUCCGACAGGACGCUGGCGACACACUGAAAAGUGCGAUUAAGCACACAUUCUACAGAGAACGGCGCGACAAUCCACAGCUCCCACAAGAUGGAUAUAUGCUGCGGUCCAUGCUGGAGGUCGCAGGCUUUGGCCCAUUAGGGGGAGACGUUGCGUUCUCCAAGGGCGAACUGGAAAUGAGUGGCGCAAUGCCGAUCUCCUUGCCUGGAUCAAACGAGCGUACCGGCAUUUCCAUUGGCGCCGGUGUCAGAACCGGAUUGCUUUGGCCUUUGCCUCUAGGGUACAACUUGGCUGGCAAGGCGCUUCCAAGUCGAAUCAAUGAUCGCUUCUUGCUCGGCGGGCCAACAGACGUCCGUGGAUUCAAGCUCGGCGGUCUGGGACCUCAUGACGGCCAAGACUCUGUUGGCGGAGACCUGUUCGCUGCAGGAAGCGUGAACGUGCUUCUCCCGCUGCCAUACAAGGGACCGGAUUCCGGCCUACGAUUCCAAGUCUUUGCCAAUGCUGGUCGCUUGGUUGCCCUCCAAGACUCGGAAAAAACCAAGAAUUUGGACUUGGUGGGCAUGAGCCCCGGCGUCGUGGGUGGAGGCAUGUUUCGCGCUUUCAAGGACCUCGUGAAUGCCGCUCCUACCAUGGCAGCGGGCGUGGGACUUGUCUAUGCACACCCGGUGGCAAGGUUUGAAUUGAAUUUCAGCCUCCCACUGGUGCUCAGAAGAGGCGAGAUCGGAACUAAAGGACUUCAACUGGGGGUAGGAAUCAACUUCUUGUAAGAGUAUUGAUAGAUAGAGGGUGCCCGCACGGAAACCAAAAUUAGACGAGCCUUUGAA